AUGGAACAACUUUUAUUGGACAUCAACCAUCAUGAAGGAAUAACAUCUAAAAAUAUGCUGAUAAACAUUACCCAGGAUUCCUGUGUGUCUGUAUCUAGGUCAUCGCCAUCACAAGAUUCUUCUCCACAGUCUGCACUAUCUUAUUCAUCUUCUUCAUCUCCUGUCCCGUCCCCAUCAUCUUCGUCAGACACCAGCAGCCUGAAUGUGAACAUUUUCUCUAUGACAAGGGCCCGUCCUACCUCCACAUCAUUAAUAAGUGGUCAAAGUAAACAACGGUAUACAACAGAGCUCGAAGUGAUUUGUCGUAUCUGUGGGGACAAGGCAUCAGGAUUACACUAUGGAGUACACUCCUGUGAGGGCUGUAAGGGAUUCUUCAGGCGAACAUCGAAGAAGAAGUUGACAUAUGAAGCAUGUAAGAAUGGAAAACAAUGCAAGUUAGACACAGCAUCGCGGAACAAGUGCCAGGCCUGCCGUUUUCAAAGGUGUCUCAAUGCAGGAAUGUCAACGAACGCUGUGCGAUUUGGAAGAAUGCCAAAAGUUGAAAGAGAGAAACUUGUUGCUGAUAAAGAAGAACUAUCGAAGAAUACCUGUCAAAGAAUAUUAGAGUUACGGGCCUUGUCAGAUCAUAUCAGAGCUUCAUUCAAAGAUUUUUUUGGAGAACCAAGCUUUGUGACAGAAAAGAAAAAUGAUGGAAAAGAGCAGAAAAAUACAGCACGGUUCAACACCACAACUGACAUAGUAAACCAGCUGACAUCAGAGGAUUUCCAUAACCGGGGUGUUUUUACCUGCUACCAGCAAAUGAUUGUCCCUCUAAUGCAAGCUUCUGUUAAGUUUGCCAAGAGGAUCCCUGGUUUUACAUUGCUAUCUCUUAGUGACCAGAUCAGCUUGAUGAAGCAGGGUACUUUGGCUGUCUCAGUUAUCAUGAUGCAUGAUAUAGCAGACAGUGACAGUGUGACACUGCGAGAAUCUCAGGGUGACAUGUCCAUUCACCGUUCAGCUGUCAGUUCAUGUACAGAAGCUUCCCUGUUGCUUAGUCAGCAUUUACGGGUAGCGGACAGACUGACAAAGCUUCAACUACAGAGGGGGGAGCUAGCUCUCUUCUCUGCUGUAGUUCUCAUUGCAGAAACGCCAGACAUUGCUGAUGUAAAACACUUGGAGAAUAUGCAAAUGGAUUUGAUUCAGGCUCUAAGGAUUGAGUUAAAACAUAAUCAUCCAAGAAACGUCAAAAUUUUCCCAUCGCUUCUUUUACUAAUAUCAGAUUUACGACAGAUUGUUGAGGAGUUUAGUGACAACUUACGAAAAAAAGUUUUCGAUCCUUCUGAUAACUUCUCCAAUAUUCUGCCUCUCGUUAAAGAAAUCUUUGACCUCCCUCUUCCACCGCCACAGAGUCCAUCUGUGGAUGACCGGACUGAGAGCGAGGCCAGUGAUAGCGACGGAGAAGGUGGUUACUGGGUGACGGUACCUCCAAUGAUACAGGAUCCACCCGACACUCCUGAGAGUGUUGAUGAAGGGGAUGCUGAGGAUACCGACCGCGAGUCGACAACGGUCGGAACCACUGUAGGAUCUGAAGCCGACGAAAUUGGAGUCGAGGCUGAAGACUCUGAAGCCAGUGGAGGGGAGGUGGACGACCAUCGGACCGCAGUUCCAGAUGACCAGUCAGCAGACGAGCCCUCUGUUAGAAGGUCAAAUCGAGAGCGACGUAAACCAGAGCGGUUCCGGGAUUUCGUUAUGGCAACGGAGGGAAAUUGGAAACUAAAGGCUGACUACCUAAGAUCCCUCGCCCCAGAGGGGUUGUUUGUCCCUGGUGCGGAAACGCUCCUGGCUGCCGUUAUCAAAUUAGUUGUAGAGUGA